GCUGCAGCGGGGGCGGCGGUGGCGGGGAGGCCCCCGAGGCGGCGACGGGCGGGCGGACGCUCGACGAGCUGAAGACGGAGGCCGACGGCGGAGACGCGGAGGCCCAGCUCGCGUACGCGAAGCUGUCGCUGGAGGCCGGCGACCCCGCCGAGGCGGUGAUAUAUUUCGACCGGGCGGCUCUGCAGGGGCUCCCGGAGGCCCAGUACAACGCGGGGCUGCUGCUCCUGCGCGGCGAGGGGUGCGCCGAGGACCCGCCGAGGGCCGCGUACUGGCUGGAGAAGGCGGCGGUAGGAUCGGGGUCCCGCAAGCCCUGA